UAUCAUCUUCAUCAAUCUGAUAAACGCUGGUGUUAUAAAACCAGCUCCAGUCACUGGCGCACGCGCAACCAGGACGUAUUUCCUGCAUCGCGAUACAACCGGAAGUGGGCGGAGCCAGUGGCUGGUGGCGGAUUGUAAACAAAAAGUUAGCCGUUAGCUUUUAGCCGAGCUGCACAGGGCGGACAUAAGAGGAAGACAAGAGUCGGUGAGCUUCAGGAUGAAGGCCUCCUCUCUGCGCCUCCUCCUCUCUCCUCUCCGCCUUUUGACGGCGGCCAUGUGGCAGGUGAUCCAGCAGCAGAGCGUGAAGCAUUAUGGGAUGCUGGAGGAGUUUGUUACCCUGGUGACAGAGGCCAUCCCACAGCUGCUGACAGAAAGGCAGAGAGGUGUUCUUCUGCUGGCUCUGAGGGCCAAGGUGACCCUUUCUCACCCUGCUGAUGAUCAGACUCACCUGGAGAGAAUCCGCUGCAUCUCCAAAGCAUCGCAGGAUGAACAGCUGACUGAGUGCUGCUCUGCUCUCCUCUCUCUUACUCAGACUCCUGCUGACUCACAGUGCCUCCUGCAGGAAGUGUUUGACCAGCGCUUUGACUCCGCCCUCCAGGCGCUGCUGUCGGACCUCCUGACCCGGAUCGAGCAGCUGUUUCCAGUGCCGGACUUCAGACAGGCGGCCUGUUGGCUCCACGAUGCCCCCUGUGUUCUGGAGGACUUUCUGCAGGAGACGGACAGGAAACACCUGAUGGAGCUCCUGACCAAUCAGAGCUGCCGACUGGGCCGAGCAACAACCGCAGUUUCUGGUGAAACUGAGGAAAUGCUCCUGUCAGCCUGGUCCCACCCACUCCUCACUAGCCCCGCCCACCCUGACCAAUCCGGCCAAUCAGAGGGAGGCCCGCCUCAGCUGAACGUGAAGGUGGAGCUGAUGACGCAGGACAUGAUUGGUCAAAGCGGGUCGGAGGAGGAGCGGGAGGUGUCCAAUCUGAGCCCAGAGGGAGGCGGAGUCACACCUGUGGUUGAGGGUGGAGUCAGGAUGAAAGACUCACCUGGCCAAUCAGAGGGCUCUCAGCUCACAGCCAUUUCCCAUAAUUCCCAGCGUGUAGCUCACAGGUGUCCUGCGUGUAGAAAGUGCUUCAUCUACCGCUCUCAGGUGAUCCGCCACCUGCGCUCUAACAGAACCUGCGGGUCGUCAGGAAAAUCCGAAUCUGGAGCCCUGCAGGGUCGGAGUGAGGGGGAGCCCCGCCCCCUCCGGGCCCACGCCUGCUUCCAGUGCAGCUCCACCUUCACCACCAGAACCGAGCUGGUGACCCACUGCCGCACUCACCUGACCCGGCCCGUCUACCAGUGCAACCAGUGUGACAGCGCCUUCCAGCUCCAGUCCAGCCUGACCAAUCACAAGCAACCCACCGUCUGCACGACCUCACCUGCUCCGUCUGCGCACAGACCUUCAGCUCGCAGACGCGGCUGCUGCGCCACCUGCAGACUCACUCAGCCGAGGGAGCUGAGUGCGUCUACAGGUGUCUGUUCUGUGACCAGAGCUUCUCAGGAGUCACUCAGCUGCGCAUCCACCAGCGCAGCCACUCCUCCCGCUCCUACCAGUGCGAUCAGUGCGACAAGUCGUAUAGCUCGGUGACGGGGCUGCAGUCGCACCGCGCCACCCACAGCGGCGACAACCGCUUCCUGUGCCCUCAGUGCGGCAAGUGCUUCAAGACCUGCGACGGCCUGGAGGGCCACCUGAGGACCCACAGC